AGAAUCUAUGUCUGAUCCGCGGUCCUCCGACGAAGAAAUGUUUUAUCCGGAGGCACUUACGUGUGAUCCACGGUUACCUGACGCUAGUAUAUAUGGACCGAACUUCGAUUCAUACAUGGAUGCUAAAACAUGUGUCUUUUGGGACGUCGAGGAUUACCCAAUCCCUCAUGGUUCCGAUCCUGUUUCGCUGGGGCAGAAAAUCAAAUCAGUUCUCUUGGCUGCGAAUUAUCGUGGGGAAGUCUCAAUCAACGCUUACGUUGAUACGUUGUCGGAUGAAUUGCGAAGUCAAUACUUGGACGCCGGAAUCACAGUCGAUCUCAUGCCCCAAGGGGAUGAAUACGCUAGGAGUUCUUCCCUGUUUGUGGACGCUUACCUGUGGGCACUGGAUAAUCCUGCACCAGCAAAUAUGAUUGUACUCUCCAAAAAGGUGUUCGAAACGGUAGAAAGGAGAAAUGCUCUGAGUAUAUUUCAAAGUUUUUACAGGGUAGGUUUUGCUGUUGUUUUAUCCGAUACUGACUUGAGCUGGCUACCUCCUGACACGGAUUGGCUACCUCCUCUAGCAAGGUCAACCUUGUUUUUGACGGGCCUUUUUGAUAAGAAGCGGAAGAGAGAGGGAACUCCUACCAUGACUUCUUCUGAAACAAAAAAUGAACAAACCUCUUUCUUCCAACAUAAGCUAAAACCACCAAAGACUUCACCGGGUAGCAUUUUCCCAAUCACUUCGUGUUUUGACCAUCCGGUAAGCCUUUCCAUGGCUGCAUUCUACUCUGAACAACAAGCAAGCGAAUAUCGGUGGACUCAAUGGAUUUAAGCUUUGAACAAUUGUCUUGUAGUCUCCUUGCAAACUGAUGACUCUACCUGUUAUUGAUUUCUCACUAGUACUUGACCAACGAAGCAGACUCGUGCACGAGUUAACCAAGAACACACACAUCAGAAGAAGAAUCCGAAUGAUUAUUUUAACCAAACUUUCUAAGUUUUAGCAUAUGAUGGUUUUCUCCUCCUCACCUGUAUGACACAAGAAAUCAAUUUUUUUGUU